UGCUCACCGCAUCUCCUCCUUCUCCUCCUCCUCCACCACCUGCCACGGCGAGGGACGCAGCGAUGGAGAGACGCUGCAAAUGAUUACAAGACUGCAUCAGAGAGAGAGAGAGACAGAGAGACAGAGAGAGAGAGAGAGGGAGAGAGAGAGAGAGAGAGGGGAAAAGAGGGAAAGAGAGAGAGGAACAUAUGGUUAGUGAGAGGAGCGGCUGUUAGUGAGGACUGCUCAACUCAAACUUAUUUCAUCAACUACCACACAUUUUAAAUCGUCUUUUGAUCCAUCACUUCUUCCCCGCCUGCGGCUCCGCUCUCUCCCGGUGUUCAGCGGUUCUCCUGCGGGGUCUGGAUUGCGGUUAUACCUCCCUGAUCGCGCCACUCGAACUCACGGAUCAUCACAAGACAGCCCACCAAGCUGCUCCCAGGGAGGAAAUUGAAUUAGACAAGUUAUUCCCAACAGAAGAGGAGGACCGGGCAGGACAGGAGGGGCCGGCCAUCGGCUCUACUUUGCUUCCGUGUCUCCAGCCGGGCCCCACCAGGAGUCUCCUCUCCGUCUCCCGGUAACGAGCCAUGUCUGGACACACCGUGACCAUCCCGGACGACCGGGCGUUCGCCAGCUUCAAGGCCGAGUGUCUGUGCGAGGAGCGCUGGAGCAUGAGCUUCAACAAGGGGGGCAUCACUGUGUGGACCGAGGGUCUGGAGGAAGGGAAGUCCGUCCACAAAAUUAAGUGUCGGAUGGUGUGCAAGGACGUAUCAGCUGAGACCAUGUACGACGUGCUCCAUGACAUCGAAUACAGACGGAAAUGGGACACAAACGUCGUAGAGACUUUCGACAUCGGGAAACUCACGGUCAAUGCGGAUGUCGGUUACUACUCAUGGAAGUGCCCAAAUCCUCUUCGGAACCGUGAUGUCAUCACACUUCGUUCCUGGCUUCCAAUAGGGAAAGAUUAUAUCAUCAUGAACUACUCCGUCAAACAUGUUAAAUACCCUCCGAAAAAGGACAUGGUGAGAGCUGUGUCCAUUCAGACUGGCUACAUGAUCCAGAGCCAGGGGCCCAACCACUGUACCCUCACAUACAUGGCCCACAUAGAUCCACGAGGGAUGAUGUUUCACGCAACCUGCACAGACUAUAGAGUGGAAGACAGGUUCUUGCCUGAGAAAGAGAACUACAUUGCAAUCCACUUACGGGUUGUGUAA